AUGUCAGACAACAAUCAAAACCCCGCUUUCAACCAUAAAUUCUGCCUAAGUGUGCUCAAUCGCAUUAAGGACAGCAAUAAGGAUCACAGAUCCAUGGUUUCGUCCUGUAACGUACUGAGCGAUCAACUUCAUCUUGUAAAAAAGCCUAAAGAUCUACUUUCGUCAAUCGAGAAAAAAUGGUCGAAUAAGCAUACCCGCGCCAAUAAAGUGAAGUUUCUCUCGAAAGUCCUUAGAAAUAUGAGCGCUAAAGAAAAGCGGAUUCUUUUUGAUAAUGAAAAAGAUCUUAGCGACGAGAUGGUCGAUAAGCAAUUCAAUGAGGAUAUCCUCGAACACUUCACCAAGAUGUCCCUUUCUCCUGAAGAAAAAGAGAAACGCCAAAAGGGAAACGAUGAACAAAAAAUGACCGAACUGGAUCUUGAAAACUAUGUUCCGUUUCUUGAUAUAGUCGGCAAAAUCAAAGAAGUCCUUUCCACGCUUACAAGUGAGAAUAUUAUCAAGAAUCAAAUGCUUGUUGCCCUGAUCAUAUUUUGGUCAAGCGAUAAAAUGUUGAGAGGGGAUAUCUCCACCACAUGUUUCGAUCAAAACGCGGAUGUUUACAUUGAGAGUGACUGUUCUAAAAUAGUUGUCAAAGAUGCAAACAAGACAGGUCGUUCCCACGAAAUCAAUCUGAAAGGUAACGGGAGAAAAACGGAGGCGAUCCAACAGAUGAAUGGUUUCUGA